AUGGCCGAAUCCGCACCAAAACGCCUCAAAACCGGCCCCAAAAUCGGCACCCACAACGGCCACUUCCACGCCGACGAAGCCCUCGCCGUGCACAUGCUCCGCAUGCUCCCAACCUACCACGACUCGGAGCUCGUCCGCACGCGCGACCCAAAGCUCCUCGAGACGUGCCACACGGUAGUCGACGUAGGCGGCGAGUACGACGCCCAGCGCAACCGCUACGACCACCACCAGCGCGGCUUCACGACCACCUUUCCCGGCCGCAACACGAAGCUCUCCAGCGCGGGCCUCGUCUUCAAGCACUUUGGCAAGGCGAUUGUCGCCCAGAAACUCGGCAAGGAUGUGAAGGAAGAUGCACCCGAGGUGGAACUGCUACAUAACAAGCUGUACGAGAGCUUUAUCGAGGCGCUGGAUGCGCACGACAAUGGAAUCAGCGUGUACGACCCUGCUGGUGUUUCUGCCGCGGGGCUGGAGAAGCGGUACAGCGAGGGGGGGUUUACCCUUGGCGCUGUUGUGGGAAGAUUGAAUCCCAAUUGGAACGAUGAGAAGCCCAGUGAUCCUGUGAAGGCGCAGGAGGCAGAAGACGCCAAGUUUGAGAAGGCUAGUCUGCGUAUUGGAGAGGAGUUUGAGCGCGACCUGGACUAUUAUACGUCUGCGUGGCUGCCGGCCCGGUCUAUUGUCCAGGAAGCGUUUAACAAGAGGACCGAGUUUGACCCUGAGGGAAGGGUGCUUGUUUUCGAGGGCCAGAGCGUACCCUGGAAGGACCAUCUGUACACCUUGGAGGACGGGAAGCCUACAGUUCUGUAUGUCUUGUACCCGGAGUCUACGGCGGCAGGCGCAAAAUGGAGAAUUCAGUGUGUCCCAGAGUCAAAGGAUAGCUUUGUAAGUCGCAAGCCCUUGCCUGAGGCGUGGAGGGGCUUCCGCGACGAGGAGUUGGAUGGCAUUUCGGGCAUUGGAGGUUGUGUGUUUGUCCAUGCGGCGGGCUUCAUUGGUGGGAAUAAGACCUUUGAGGGUGCAAAGGAGAUGGCUGUCAAGGCGUUGGCGUAG